GGGGUAACUCUCGGUCCCCGCAGCUCCACUGCAGCAGCUGGCGCUGAAUCCUCGGCGCCACAGUCCUCGCUUUCAGCCCCCGAAGCCUUGGGAGCAGCUCGGCCUCCGCCGGCGCUGUCCGCCUGCGGCGGGGGCUGCUCCUGUAGGACUCGGGGGCGCCUGUUCCGGCGUGUCCCUUGCAUCGAGAAAUGGCCCCCAGCCGGGAUCUGGGGCGGGCGGGGGAGCGAGAGUGGGAAGAAGGGGAAACUGCGGCGGAAGAAUCAUCCCCAAGGGGAUAUUUGGGGGCCAACGGUAUAAAGGUCCCCUGUUAGAGGAGGAAGCACUUAGCAAAGCAGUUGAAAAUGGAUUAUCUUCACCAGACUUUUCUGAGCUUUGUGUUUGGUUAAGUUCUGAAAUAAAAUCAAUGUGUGACCUGGAAGAAAGCAUCACUUCAACAGCUGGUGGGGAAGAUGUAGAGAGCUUCCAGCUUGAGAUUAGUGGUUUUUUAAAAGAAAUGGCUUGCCCAUAUUCAGCACUUGUGUCUGGAGAUAUUAAGGACAGGUUAAAAAAGAAAGAGGAUUGUCUUAAACUCCUGUUAUUUUUAAGUACAGAGCUUCAAGCUUUACAGAUUUUGCACAGCAAGCAACUUAAAAGUUCUCAUUUGGAAAAGAAUAAUGAAAUCUAUCAGGAAGUGCAAACUCUCUGUGACUCUCUGGGCCUAUUAAAGCCAUCAUCUUCUGACAUUCCUCUCUUGUUAAGCAACGUGGAGUCAAAGAUCAAGGACAUUCUUUCAAAAGUAAAAAAUACCCAUGUAGGGAAACCACUGCUAACAACGCCUUUGAAUCCUGAUCAGACGGAAAGAUUGGAAAAAAUCAAUGAUGCCCUCUGCAGUGAAUAUGAAUGUCGUCGUCGGAUGUUAAUGAAGCGGCUUGAUGUGACCGUACAAUCCUUUGGAUGGUCUGAUAGAGCAAAGAUUAAAACAGAUGACAUAGCAAGAAUUUAUCAGCCCAAACGUUACGCACUAUCUCCUAAAACAACCAUUACGUUUGCCCAUCUUCUUGCUGCUCGAGAAGACUUAUCAAAGAUCAUAGGGACAAGUAGUGGAUCGACACGAGAAAAGACAACCUGCGCUAUCAAUAAGGUCCUGAUGGGGAGAGUGCCAGACCGUGGAGGCAGACCAACUGAGAUUGAGCCACCACCUCCUGAAAUGCCCCCUUGGCAGAAGAGACAAGAAGGUGGUGGGAGGGGUGGUUGGGGGGGUGGAGGUGGCAGAGGAGGAGGUGGUGGCUUCAGUGGUGGUGGUAGAGGUGGAGGUGGUUUCCAAGGACGGGGAGACUAUGGGGGAAGGGGGGGUUACAGUGGCAGAGGUGGCUAUGGAGAUCUGUAUGGUGGAAGAGGAGGAGGAUACAGAAGAUACUAACAGCAACAUUGUAAAUACUAAUAACUGACAAAACAUGAUUGUGAUAUUUACUGGUAGCAGGAGGUGUGUAUAUUAGCAAUGGUUUAGUGUUAUGAUAGGAAAGUUAAUUAUGAUCUCUUUAUUAAUGAAUCACUGCAUUUGAUCCCUGAUAUUAUCACUAAAUCCUGUUAGUCAACUGAACAUUUUUUAUACUGAAAUGUGAUAUCUUAAAGUAGUCCUCUUUUUGCACUGCUUGUGUGUAUUCUUAAACAGUUUGGUUUUUUUUAAUAACAAACUUCAAAAAAGUGAAUAGAAACAAUGAAUUUUCCUUUUUUCAAUGUUAUUAUUUUAUGUCCAGAUCUCUUUAAUUAUUGCCAGUCAUACCCAGAAUACAGGAAGUGAUUUAGGAGGCAUUUGGCUUUGUAGGCCAUACUUAGUUUUAUAUGUUUUAAAAGGACUAUAGAAUGCUGGUUCCUGCUUCUUGUCUUGUUUCAUGCAGAGGACUGAAAGAAUU